GGCAGCAGUGGAGGGCGCUACACGACCCCCGACGCAGCCCUGGCUGUCCCCUCGCCGCGCGCUGUCCGCGCCCCCUUCCGCGUGCGCAGCCAGAAGCCCAGCGCGGCGCCCGGAGCCGGACCUGCGCCAGCGCCGCUCCCGGGACCGCGACCCCGGCCGCCCCGCGAUGACCGCGACCGCAGCCCUCCUGCCCGCCCUCCUGCUCCUGCUGGCUUCCGGGCCCACUGCCCAUGGAGCUGAAUGUCACCCGGCCUGCCACCCCCAAAACGGAUUUUGCCACGAUGACAACGUCUGCAGGUGCCAUCCCGGCUGGCAGGGACCCCUGUGCGACCAGUGCGUGACCUUUCCUGGCUGUGCUCAUGGGUUCUGCGUGAGCCCCUGGGAGUGUAUGUGCGAGGACGGCUGGGAAGGGGACCUCUGUGAUGCAGAUGUCCGGGGCUGCAUCUCGGCUCCCUGUGCCAACAACGGGACCUGCGUGAACAUGGAGAAGGGCAAUUACGUGUGCUCGUGUGUCCCUGGAUUCUCGGGGAGAGACUGCGGGACCAAGGCCGGGCCCUGCGUCAUCAACGGUUCCCCUUGCCAGCACGGAGGCACCUGUGUGGACGAUGACGGCCGGGCCCCCCAUGCCUCCUGCCUGUGCCCCCCUGGCUUCUCAGGCAAUUUCUGCGAGAUCGUGGCCAGCAGCUGCACCCCGAACCCGUGCGAGAACCGGGGCAUCUGCACCGACAUCGGGGGCGACUUCCGCUGCCGCUGCCCAGCCGGCUUCAUGGACAAGACCUGCAGCCGCCUGGUGAGCACCUGCGCCGCGGCGCCCUGCCUGCACGGCGGCACCUGCGUGCGCCACGGCCCGGUGAGGUUCGAGUGCGUGUGCACGCCCGACUUCACGGGGCCCCUGUGCGGCCGCCGCCGGGCCCCGGGCACGUCACCCGCCACGCGCCGGCCCCCGCCGCCCCCGCAGGCCGAGCACCACGUCCUCAAGGUGUCGGUGAAGGAGCUCAAGCCCAGCGCGCCGCUGCUGUCCGAGGGCCAGACCAUCUGCUUCACCGUGCUGGGCGUGCUGGCCGGCCUGCUGCUGGCCGCCGCGCUGGGCGUCGUCUUCUACCACAAGUGCGAGGGCUGGAUGGGCCACCUGCGCCACCACCGCCUGCUGCACAAGAAGCAGAACCCGCUGCUGCAGUACAGCAGCGGGGACGACCUGGCGGUCAACAUCAUCUUCCCCGAGAAGGGGGACGCCGUGGCCUUCCACAAGGAGCCGGCCGCGGAGGCCGACGAGAUGUGAGCCGCGUGCCCGGCGGCCCGGCGCUGGUCGGGGGCGUGCGCGGUGCGCGCUGCUGGCGCUCCGUGCUCCUCUUGCUGUGGGAGUUUGUGCUGUGCUGUGUCCCCUCCGGCGGGAGCUACCUGGCCCUGUACCCCCUCUGCGCGGCCGUG